CAGAGUGACUGAGUGACUUGCAGGGCAGCAGAGAGGGGGAGAGAGAGAGAGAGAGAAAGAAAGAGAGAGAAAGAAAGGGAAGGAAAGUGAGCACGGCAAAGGAGAGAGUCUGAAACCUGAAGCCUUUCUCCACCUGCAUGUGUGUGUGUGUGUGUGUGUAUGUGCUGUGUGCGUUGAGUUGUUUUUGACACAGCCACAACAGAGUUAGAUUGGAGCACACACACCACAAGUGAAGGAGUUGUUUGUCAUUGGAUUUACAGCAACAGGAGAGUGAUACAGAGAGACAGAUUUAUUUUCUUCUGCAAACGCAACAGAAGGUGAGCUGUGGUCAUGAGGCCGCUGGCGUGUCUGGCUGCACCGCUGCUCCUCCUCCUCCUCCUCCUCGUUCUCCUGGUGCAGGACUCUAGCGCCGCCCGGGGAGGCUCGUCGUCGUCGGCGUCGGCGUCGUUGUCGCGCACCCGCCGCGACCUCAACAACCCCCUGCACCGGGGCGGCAUCCGCGACCCCUAUGGCUCGUACUGCGAGCGCCGCGGAGGCUGCUGCCCGGGCCGCGACGACCAGUGCACCGUGCCCUACCUGGACACCAUCUGCUACUGCGACCUCUUCUGCAACCGCACCGUCGCCGACUGCUGCCCAGACUUCUGGGGACACUGCCUGGGCGUCUCCCCGCCACACAUCGGUAUAUGCGAGAGGAACGGACACAGAUUCCACUCUGGGGCAACCUACAAAGAGAACUGCAAUUUAUGUACAUGUAGCAGUAAUGGCCGUUGGGAAUGUGAGCAGCACGCUUGCCUGAUUGAGGAUGACAUGAUCCAGGCAGUCAACAGAGGGAAUUAUGGCUGGAGGGCGGCCAACUACACCAAGUUCUGGGGCAUGACUCUGGACGAGGGGCUGCGCUACCGGCUGGGCACCCAGCCCCCCUCCCGCGUCGUCAAGGCCAUGAACGAGAUCCAGAUGAACAUGGACGACAGCAACCCUUUGCCACGCUACUUCAACGCAGCCGAGAAAUGGAAGGGGAUGAUCCACGAGCCUUUGGACCAAGGGAACUGCGCUGCGUCCUGGGCCUUCUCCACAGCUGCUGUGGCAUCCGAUCGCAUCUCCAUUCAGUCCAUGGGUCACAUGACUCCACAGCUGUCGCCGCAGAACCUCAUUUCCUGUGACACACGGAACCAGGGCGGCUGUGCCGGUGGCCGGAUCGACGGGGCCUGGUGGUACCUCCGCCGCAGAGGUGUGGUGACGGAGGCGUGCUACCCCUUCUCCCCCCCGGACCAGGCCCCAGCAGAGAGGGCCCACUGCAUGAUGCACAGCCGUUCGGUGGGCAGAGGCAAGAGGCAGGCCACUGCGCGCUGCCCCAACACCCACACCUACAACAACGACAUCUACCAGUCCACGCCUCCCUACAGGCUCUCCACCAACGAGAAAGAGAUCAUGAAGGAGAUCAUGGAUAAUGGUCCAGUGCAAGCCAUCCUGGAAGUCCACGAGGAUUUCUUUGUUUACAAGAGCGGGAUCUAUCGGCACACAGACGUGAACUACCAGAAGCUCCCCCAUUACCGCAAGCAUGGCACACAUUCGGUCAGGAUCAUAGGGUGGGGAGAGGUGGUAACCCAUGAUGGAACACGGAAGUAUUGGCUUGCCGGAAACUCUUGGGGCCAAGACUGGGGUGAGAACGGCUACUUCCGGAUUGCCCGCGGGGAGAACGAGUGUCAAAUCGAGGCCUUCGUGAUCGGUGUGUGGGGACGUGUGACCAUGGAGGACAUGCACAACCACCACAACCACCAAAACCACCACCACGGCCGGCGCAAGUAGACGCACACUCCAGACACUCGCCCCGCCCUUCUGUCAAACUUCCACAAUCCCAACAUUACUCUGGCAACUCCUGAAUGGCUGCCAUAUCGACGCAGGGUUAUCGUAGAAGUCCUACAACUCCACACCCACCCACCCCCCAUCACAACCCCUGUGGAAAAGGCCAAAAAAAUCAACAUAUCCCCCAAAACUGAAAAAAAAAAAAAAAAAAACCAUCAGCGGACACACAACCCCUCAGCAGUUAGCCUCUCAGGACACUCUGCUAUUCCAAAGACCAACUAUGAUGAUGACGACGUCGUCAGCCUUCCUUGUGUGUGGAGAGAGAGUGCCAUUUCCCCCACUGUUCUUCUUUCACAGCUGAAAUGUGCAAAGACUCUCUCGAUUUUAUAACUCCUCUCCUAUUGUUAUGGCUUCAUGCCAAUAUCGAAAAAAGCUGACGCCGAAGUGUUUCGGAUCGCUUUUGGAUCACAACAUUUAUAGCUGCCUGUGUGUCAUGCAAUGAUAGUCGCUAAAUGUUGUAACCUGCUGGCGGACAGUUGACAGUUGGGACAAUUGUAGAACCCAGUCGAGAUUAGGGCAACUGCUACAAUAUAGAGGGCCUCUAGUUGGGUAAAAUACUCACCUGUGUUUAGACGUGGCAGUGAAUCUAUGCUUCUCCAAGUACCACUGCAAUUUCAAUGUAUAUUCGAAUGAAAGAGUGUGUUUGUGUGUAUGUGUGCGUGUGUGUGUGUGUGUGUGUGUGUGUGAGUGUGUAUCACUAAACGACCUGAAUGGGUCACAUAUUAUUUUUCUGACUCACUUGUUCUUCAUAUCUGUCGUAGAGGAUUGGCAGGCCACUAGUUGGUAAACACUUCCCACAUUCCCCCCAAACCUUAGAGCUCAAACACACUGGAUAAGAACAGAGGGGUUACAGUAAUAUAAGCUUCUCAUUCAGAGUUGGCGUUGACCAAUAAUUUAUUACCAAACCAUAGCCUAGAUGUGAGUACUCUAUAAUAUUGUAAUAUAAAGUUAUCUAUCUAUAUAAAUAUAUAUGGAUAUGGUUUUGUGGUAGCCCUGCUCAUUGGUAGAAUGUAGACCCAAACAAACAAACAAACAAACAAAAAAAAUCAUUCACCCUUCACAAAUGGAUCUCCAUGCUAAUUCACGCUGGCUUUAGUCAUCUAGUCUGACUCGUGUAAAAGUGAUGGAUGAGGUCGUAAAUCAAGUUAUGCAAAAACAGCGCUUGAUGGUUACGGCCGCAUUCCCCAUCUGCGAAAAACACGACAGCCGUCGGAGCGAUUGAGGGAUAAUUGUCGUAUAGGAGACGAGAUUCCGACGGUUUCUGCCGGAGAGGACCACCUGCUUUUACAUUCCUUUAAAAGCGCUCUCUAUACAGACCGUACGCCAGCUGCACUCUCACCGUAUAUCAUGGCCUUGACGUUCCAAACGUUGGUCCUGUCACUCAUUCCAAUUUGUUGAGAGAUAAAGAAAAGACAGGAAGACAGGUAGACAACAAUGAUUAAAAGGUGGCUUGUCUGGAGCCCUGAGAGCUUUGCUGUCGAGCAAUUAUGUAGGAAGCCGUGUCAGUGUCAAGAGAUAUUUCAGCAACUUGAUUCACUUGGAAACCAAAAAGACAAACUACGAUUUGGCCUUUCUUUGAUCCAAAUCGAGCAUAUUUGUAUUAUAGUCUUAACCUGUUAUCCUGUAAAGUGUUAAAGGAGUCAAGUAUUAACCUUACAAGACCAUUUGCUGUUGUUUACUUUCACCUUUGCUGUAUUUUUUCUUUUUGGUGAUUGACCUCUGUGAAAAAAAACAAAAAAAAACACGGUGCUUUGUUUCAAUUUUUGUUGCAUUUUGUUUGUUUAGAGAGCAGUAUAAUGACCAUGUCUCCUCUGUGUCACAUCACUCCACUGAUUACAAUUGCAAUGCGAUGACUGAAAUGGAACCAUACAGGGAAAAAAAAAAUGUAAACACUCUUGCAUCCGAUACCAGUUUAUACAGUCAGCAGGAGGCACAGAGCAGGUGUUUCAGUUUGGUUAAUGUGUGGGCUACCAUGACAGUUAUUGUUCACCAGUCACUGAGACUGUUAGAGUUGCUCUUUGACAAAGAAUGUGUGUCCUAUGCAUAUGUGUUGACCUUGCUGUCAUGCAAUGUUUUUCUUGCAUGAAUGGCCCACGUAUUUGCCCUUCACCCCCUGUCACCAAGCCUAACCAUAGCAACAUGCUCUCACGCACGCAUCCCCCCAACACAUACUCCUCUCUCACUGGUAGAGAGAGAGGAAGAGCAACAGUGACAGAAAUGCACAUGCACAGACACACACACACACACACACACACGCACAGUCACGGACACAGUGCUGAUCAUCACGUACACCAGAGUCGAAUCUCAAGAGUUUAUGGUUUGGUGACUUGACUAUUCCGGAGAAGUUAACCUGUAAGUAGUAAACUUGAUAAGUAAAAGUAAAAGUUAAAGUAAAAGGAAGAGCCCUUUUGCUUGGAGAAUGUAUCCAUAGGGCUUCUCUUACUCCGAGUUAACUUAUCCGGGCUAGUCACGAAACUACGUACUUGGAAUACCCCUCAGGUCAGGCGCUCGUGUGGUGUGACCGUACAGUGACCCCAACACCCCUCUCCAGCCCACCAGCCCCCAGUUCUUUGGUCACUGACUGUUUUGCAUGUUGGCUUUAUGGAGAGCCUAAAUGGCCAAGGCUAGAGGUCGUUGGUCUGUAAUGCUUUUGCACUUAUAGACAACAGCUUGGGGUUCUCGUACGAUCCAAAUGGCAUGCAAAGAAUUGAUUUGGAAUGUUAAAGCAAUGCUGGAAAAAAGACAAUGAAUGUGGAAGUAUGCCAAAUUCCCUCUGUGGCCUUAGAACGGCUGUAGAUGGACGAUACCAACUGGUCUGAUUUGGAGUGGAAAAAUGUCACGCAACCAUUAACAUUUACUCACACACACAUCUUCAAUGAGACGCCUACAUCUCCAAAAGUGUGUGAUUGGAGGAAAGAAAUAAUAUAAUGCAACAACAUUUUUUUUUUGCAAAAAGAGAAAAAAACAAUAACAACAAAGAGUGGCCUUUCAGGGGUUUCUAGAGCCUCAGUUGCUAUGGAAUUAAUUGCAUAACAUAGAUGCCGUUUUAACAUUUACAGUUAGUAGCCGGAGAGGUGCAGAUCCGUGUCUUGAACUUUUCUUUUUAAUCUAACGCACACACUGAAUGUGCACACAAUAGUCAGACCUGUUACAGUUCGUUUUUAUAACCAUCACCAUUUUCACUGAGUUCUUCUUCUUCUUCUUCUUUUAUGAGGCAAUCAGAGAUCACUGCCGCAUCAGUGCUAACUGUUUCUUGUGUGAGCAGACGCAGUUUCUCUCUCAAAAGUAUUCUAAUAAAGAAAAAUAUAUUUGGUACCACAUUCUCUUUGUAUUUAUUUUUGUAUCACAUUGCCAUAAUAAGCUAUGUUAGCUACCGCUGCGGCAUCCCACACGUGGAUGCCAAUCUUCCAGUACACUUGGUUCAUAGACAGUAUGAUGUAAUCCCUCACCCCCUCUGCCCCCCCCCCCCCCCCCCCCCCCAUCCUGGCGUUUUUGUUUUAGUCGUUGAGACCAUUUUCCCAUCCACCCAUCCAAGAGCUCCUUCCCUUGUAGGGAUAAACUGGCCCUGCACAGACUAGAUCAACGGAAUGAGCGCAAUUGAAUCCAAAUCAUGCAGAGGAAAUCAUUGGCAUCUCGCCGGACUCUCCCCAUCAUUGGCAUCUCCCCCCCCCCCCACCCCCCGCCCCCCGCCCCCCGCCCCCCAAGUCCCAUCCAGCGCAAAUGGAACCCGUUUGGUUUUGGUCCAGUUUUAGGGCCCGAGCACCGAGGUGCGGCCGCUGAAGCAGAAUCUCCUUGGGACACAAAAUAAUCAGACCUUGUGCUUGCCUUUUUGCUCUUCUGUACGCAAACUUUUCUUUUCAUGCUUUUGUUUCAAAACCACAUGUAUCACGUUGUGAAUGUCAUGCCAUUGUGAUAAUCCAUGUUUAUUUAAGGACUAAAGACUGUGUAAAGAGUUGUAUGCGUUCACUUUUCUUGUACACCAUGCAUCGUCUCGUCUGUCUUUUUAAUGGUGCACACUCAAAGAAAGACACUGUAGUGUUCACAAACAAACAAUAAAAUCUUCCCAAUCCAA